AGGCCCUCGGGAGACGCGGCUGCCGGCACGCGGGCGCCCAGGGCACAGGUCCCUCCUGGCCGCCUUGGGCGUUGCUGGCUGAGUCCCACGGCAGCAGGUGCCCAGGGACAGGAAAGGCUGGGAGCCGGAGGCUGCUGCUGGGCGCUGCGCAUAUUGUUCCAAGGUGCUGGCACACGGGCAAGGAGUCCUAGAAGAGAGGCCUGCAGAUUCUGCUCUCAGCAAGCCUGUCGUCUAGUGGAAGAGACUGGCCAGGACACACACCCAUGUGUGGAUGCUGCUGUGGGUUGGCGGCAGGGCUCGAGAGUGUGCCGUUAGGCACAUGAAUGGUCGAGUCUUCAAAGGUGUGCAGCCGGAAGGGGAGGUACUUGUGAAGACGCUGUCGGCUGGCCCCCUGUGCCCUUGGUGCCCUGGCUGCCUAGAGAGCCUCAGCGCUGGGCCCUGGGGCCAGGACUCCAGGACUCUGACCACCUGCCUUCCCGCAGCCUCCGUGGCUGCGCCCCCCUCAUUAGCACUGAUGCUAGUACAGAUGCACUGAUCUCGGACACAGGGGACACAGCCGGGAGGCGUUGUGGGGCUGGGCCAUGGCUGCUCCCAGGUCCUACCCAGGCGCCUGAGCCUAGAAGGUGAAAAGAGGGCUCUCAGGGGCUCGAUGCUGAUUGGCCCUGCCCUCCCUUCCCCCCAGCAAGGUGCCAGGAAGCUGGAGCUUUGUUAUCUGGGUAAUUAGCUUCAGACCCUGGACUGAGGCUGGCCAGGUCUCGAGGCUGCUUCCCGCAGGCUGUGCACCCUGACCCUUGGAGGGAGGCGAAGUGCUGCUGGUCGACAGCUGGAGACCGGCCUGGGGAUCAGGUUCGGGGUGCCCUCCCACGCUGCCCUCCCUGCCCUGGCCCACACUCCCAGGGCUGCCUGGGCCUGGUUAUCGCGUGGGGCCUCCUGACCCAGCCAAGAGCACGGAGCUUUGGGAAGGGGAUGCCCCCGAGGGUGUCAGUCCAGUCAGCUGCCCCACCCCUCAGGCCCAGCCUGGCCCCCAAGCUCCCCACUCUGGUGCCCCGAGCAGCCCUGUGGGCAAUCAGCCCCCGCCAUGGCCGAGCACCUGGAGCUGCUGGCAGAGAUGCCCAUGGUGGGCAGGAUGAGCACGCAGGAGCGGCUGAAGCAUGCCCAGAAGCGCCGUGCCCAGCAGGUGAAGAUGUGGGCCCAGGCUGAGAAGGAGGCCCAGGGCAAGAAGGGUCCUGGGGAGCGCCCCCGGAAGGAGGCAGCUGGCCGAGGGCCCCGGAAGCAGGUCCUCUUUCCUCCCAGUGUUGUCUUUCUGGAGGCUGCUGCCCGCAAUGACCUAGAGGAAGUCCGCCAGUUCCUUGGUAGUGGGGUCAGUCCUGACCUGGCCAACGAGGAUGGCCUGACGGCCCUGCACCAGUGCUGCAUCGACGACUUCCGAGAGAUGGUGCAGCAGCUUCUGGAGUCAGGGGCCAGCGUCAAUGCCUGCGACAGUGAAUGCUGGACGCCUCUGCAUGCUGCGGCCACCUGCGGCCACCUGCACCUGGUGGAGCUGCUCAUCUCCAGUGGUGCCGAUCUCCUGGCAGUCAACACCGAUGGGAACAUGCCUUAUGACCUGUGUGAUGACGAGCAGACGCUGGACUGCCUGGAGACUGCCAUGGCUGACCGCGGUAGGUGCGGCGCUGUGGCUGUGGGAGGGCUCCCGGGUGCACUCUCUCUGAGCCUGCUGCCUUGCAGGCAUCACCCAGGACAGCAUCGAGGCCGCCCGGGCCGUGCCGGAACUGCGCAUGCUGGACGACAUCCGGAGCCAGCUACAGGCCGGGGCAGACCUCCAUGCCCCCCUGGACCACGGGGCCACACUGGUGAGGGCUGGAGGGUGAGGGGCGCGGGGGGCCGGAGGCCUUGCUACUUGGAGUGGGGGCAUGGGGCUGAAUUCAGGCCGGGCACUUGCCCGCAGCUGCACAUCGCAGCAGCCAACGGGUUCAGUGAGGCGGCUGCCCUGCUGCUGGAGCACCGAGCCAGCCUGAGCGCCAAGGACCAAGACGGCUGGGAGCCGCUGCACGCUGCGGCCUACUGGGGCCAGGUGCCCCUGGUGGAGCUGCUCGUGGCGCAUGGGGCGGACCUGAACGCAAAGUCCCUGAUGGAUGAGACACCCCUUGAUGUGUGCGGGGAUGAGGAGGUGCGGGCCAAGCUGCUGGAGCUGAAGCACAAGCAUGACGCCCUCCUGCGCGCCCAGGGCCGCCAGCGCUCCUUGCUGCGCCGCCGCACCUCCAGCGCAGGCAGCCGUGGGAAGGUGGUGAGGCGGGUGAGCCUGACCCAGCGAACCGACCUAUACCGCAAGCAGCAUGCCCAGGAGGCCAUCGUGUGGCAACAGCCGCCGCCCACCAGCCCGGAGCCGCCCGAAGACAACGAGGACGGCCACACUGACGCUGAGCUCAGGCCGCCGCCCCCAGAGCCUGAACCCAAGGUCGGGGAAGGGGGAGGAGCCCCUGGUGGCCUCUGGGACCUUCACUGCCCCUGCCCGCAGGACGACAACCCCGAAGUGGCUAGGCCACACAAUGGCCGAGUAGGGGGUUCCCCAGCCCAGCAUCUGUACUCCAAGCGACUGGACCGGAUUGUCUCCUACCAGCUGAGCCCCCCAGACAGCACCACCCCCCACGCCCUGGUCCACAACAAGGCCCACCACACCCUGGCUGACCUGAAGCGCCAGCGAGCUGCAGCCAAGCUGCAACGAACCCCACCUGAGGGGCCCGAGAGCCCCGAGGCCACCAAGCCUGGCCUGCCUGAUGACACGGAGACCCCCCAGCCUGACUGUGGCUUCAGGGCAGGCGGUGACCCACCCCUGCUCAAGCUCACGGCUCCGGCGGUGGAGGCGCCUGUGGAGAGGAGGCCAUGCUGCUUGCUCAUGUGAGGCCGUCGCUCAGCGUGCAGGGGCCCUGUCCCAGGCACAGUCCAAGGCUGCUCCCCACGGUGCCUGGCCCAGUGCUGCAGGAGGGCAGCACGGAACCCCGGCUUCUGGGCAGGACACUGGCCCCUCUCCGGGCAGAAGACAUGCCUGGGGGACAUCUGGCUGCAAAGACUAUUUUUAUCCUGCGACUCUUGAUAAAGGGCUGUUUGCCAUGGA